CUUUCCUUUCAGUGAAACAUAGUCAGAGAUACUUCAGGAGUGGGGUUUCUGAAUUACACAGCCAGAAAGCUAUUUGCCAUCGUGUCUUCACUGCUGCCUUGAAAGAGCGGAAGACCAGCAAGAAAAGCCACGUCUAGCAUUGGUGUAUUGAAUGUACCGCAAUCCUGGCAGCUGUGCUUUGCUUUUGCUGUUUGAUGGUCCUCUCAUCACUGCAGUUACCCCACUCAUUAACAAAUCAAUAACCCAAGGAUCUUGACUGCAGGUGGAAAUGUGUGGCUUCUGGCUGUGAUCUUAAUAGAAAGAACAUUCAAGGAAGAAAUCACGGCUACAGUCAUGUCAGACAAAGAUAAAAGUGAGCUUAAAGCAGAAUUAGAGCGUAAAAAACAGCGCUUGGCUCAAAUCAGAGAGGAAAAGAAAAGGAAAGAAGAGGAGAGAAAGAAAAAGGAAGCUGAUCAGAAGAAAGAAUUGCCACAGAAUGAAGAAACUGAUAUUGAGAAGAAACGAAGGGAAGCUGAAGCUUUGCUCCAGAGCAUGGGCAUUACAUCUGAGCCUUCUGUUGUGCAUCCACUACGGGUAGUAACAGCGGAUACCUGUCUGUUUCACUAUUUAGUCCCUCCUACGUCUCCUCCCUCAAAAUCGGUGAGUACACCAAGUGAGGCUGGAAGCCAGGAUUCUGCUGAUUGCACUCUUGGGCCAAGGACCUUUCAUUGGGAUACCGAUCCUUCAGUUCUGCAGCUUCAAGCUGACUCUGAUCUUGGGCGUGGAGCAAUCAAACUGGAGAUGGCAAAGAUCACACAGGUAGACUUCCCUCCACGGGAGAUUGUUACUUAUACAAAGGGAACACAAACUCCAGUGAUUACACAGAAAGCUGAAGAAGAGGAGGAGGAAGAAAUUGUACCCAAGCAAGUAGUUGAACCAGAACCAGUACAAGUACAAAAAGAAGAAGAUAAAGAAGGUGUACCUCGUGAACUUACAGAAGAAGAAAAACAGCAGAUAAUUCACUCUGAUGAAUUCCUCACAUUCUUUGAUCACAGCACCAGAAUAAUUGAACGAGCUCUUGCAGAGCAUAAAGACUUGUUUUUUGACUACAGUGGCAAGGAUUUAGAAGAAAAAGAAGGAGAACUCCAAGGUGGAGCUAAACUUUCUUUAAAUAGAGAGUUUUCUGAUGAACGCUGGUCAAAACAUCGUGUUGUUACUUGCAUGGACUGGUCACCCCAGUACCCAGAGCUCCUUGUUGCUUCAUAUAACAAUAAUGAGGAUGCUCCCCAUGAACCAGAUGGUGUAGCCCUUGUAUGGAACAUGAAAUUUAAGAAAACAACUCCAGAGUAUGUCUUCCACUGCCAGUCAUCCGUAAUGUCAGCUUCUUUCGCACGAUUUCAUCCAAAUCUGGUAGUUGGAGGAACAUAUUCUGGUCAGAUUGUGCUCUGGGAUAAUCGCAGUAACAAAAGGACGCCAGUCCAGAGAACACCACUCUCUGCCGCUGCUCAUACGCAUCCAGUCUACUGCGUGAAUGUGGUUGGUUCUCAAAAUGCCCAUAACCUGAUCAGUGUUUCUACUGAUGGGAAGAUUUGCUCAUGGAGUCUAGAUAUGCUUUCACAACCACAGGAUAGCAUGGAGCUGAUGCAUAAGCAGUCAAAGGCAGUAGCUGCUACUUGUAUGUCCUUCCCAUUGGGUGAUGUCAACAAUUUUGUAGUUGGCAGCGAGGAAGGUUCUAUAUACACAGCAUGCCGUCAUGGAAGCAAAGCUGGAAUUAGUGAGAUCUUUGAUGGUCAUCAAGGGCCAAUCACAGGUAUUCAUUAUCACACUGCAGCUGGUCCAGCUGACUUCUCUCAUCUUUUUGUAACCUCUUCCUUUGAUUGGACAGUCAAAUUAUGGACAACUAAGAAUAACAAGCCUCUGUACUCCUUUGAAGACAAUGCCGAUUACGUUUAUGAUGUUAUGUGGUCUCCCACCCAUCCUGCCAUGUUUGCUUGCGUUGAUGGAAUGGGAAGACUCGAUUUGUGGAAUUUAAACAAUGACACGGAGGUACCAACAGCAAGCAUAACAGUUGACAGUAAUCCUGCACUGAACCGUGUGAAAUGGACUCAGACUGGAAGAGAAAUUGCUGUGGGUAAUUCAGAAGGGCAGAUACUGAUAUAUGAUGUAGGAGAGCAAAUAGCAGUUCCUCGAAGUGAUGAAUGGACACGCUUCGCUCGAACUUUGGCAGAAAUAAAUGCGAACAGAGCUGAUGCAGAGGAAGAAAUUGCAGCAUGAAUAGCAGAUCAGAAUUCAAGCCAAGACCUGUAUGUAGAGUAGGAAACAGCAUUUCAAUUAACUGUCCAAUUAAACUUAGUACCUUGUUUGGUAAUUCCUAAAUGGCACAUGAAUUGUUGUGCAACAAAAUUAUUAAUUCCAUUCUUCCCACAUUUCAAUAGAAUAAUAAGUCCCAUCACAAAAGGUAGUCAAAUAAACAUUUAAAGUGUCACCAAUAUGUGCAACAGUAGAAGAGAGGGUAGAAUUCUUAGCAAUUUUAUAAAAUUCAUACUUAAGGAACUGAUUCUACCUGUAGUAUUUUUGACUUCCACUUUUGUGAAGAUUGUACUUUCCUGUAUUAGAUUUGUAAUUUUUAAGUAUUCUUUGGAAAAUCACUUUCCAUUGUAUAGUGGUUCUGAUACCUCAACUUCUAUCUGUAACACUUUUGAACUCACCCAUUGCAUGUAAUACUGCAGGAGUCAUCUUGCCACUAAUCUGUAACCGGUUGACAUUAUUGUGCAGUAAUGACCAGAAAGGCAAGAGUCAAUGUGGGAAAUUUGUUCUCUUGUAGUUGGAAAUAGCACUUAUCCAUAUUAGUAUUUUAAUUAAUUUUUAAAACUUCUUUUGGGAAAUGUGAAGUUUUAACAAGAGUUACAAUUCCACAUGGUCGUAAGCUAUAGUUUUAGGCAUUGGAAGAUGCAGGAAAGCUAAAAUAAUAGAGAAUACUGGACUUAGCAGAUGAGGCAGCAUCUACUGUGAAAGAGAAACAAAGUUAAUAUUUGAGGUUUGUGACCUGACACAUUAACUUCUUCUGCACUGAUGCUCCCUGGCUGUAAAGUAUUUGUAGCAUUUAACAACAGCUAAGACGUAAAAUAAGCCUUUGCUUUAAAGAUGCAAAAGCAAACAAAUAUUUUUAACAGUGAUCUGUAAAUUGAUGCAUUCUUUUCUCAGGAGGCCCUUAUUAAUUUAGUGGAACUGCUUUAAAUGUGGUAUCCUUAGUUCUCAAUUUACAAAACUAGUAAAACGAAAUGCACAAGUUCUUAAAAUAGUUGUCAACUAUUAACUGCUGUGACUACUUCACAAAAAAUAGCCAAAUUAUUGCAUAAACACCUGUUAGCCAGCUUGACUGUUCAUAAUGCUACCUUUCAAAUUCAAAUCUGAACCUGCAAGAUUCUUGUGUGGACUACUUUCCAGGGUGCAAAUCUUACAUCUGGGACAUAUCUGACAUGAUCAUUCUUCUGUUACUACUUAAGAGCACAAUAAAACACAUUAUUAUUUAACCUAAACAGACAAUGUUUAAACUAAUCAAUUUGUUAGAUAAGUUUUUACAAAAGUUAUGUCAAAUUGGCAUGAAAAUUGUUACAAAUAAUAAAACUUACAGGAAAAUAAA